AACGUUAUACUAGAAGAAGUCCUUAAUAUCUGCUACUUAAGUUUCGUAGAAAACCACACACACUAUUUGUCUUGACUUGUUUACGUUGACCCUGCCUCUCUCAUCAACUCUUCCUUCGUUGCUAUAAAAAGCCUCAAAGAAUCAUCUUCACUUCAUAAACUAAAUUUCAAUUCCAAAUAUCAUAUCUUCACUACAUCUCUAUAUUUCCAUUUGGGAUCAAGAGUUGUUCUACCUCAUAGCUCUACUCUCACAUAUCAAAAAGCUUCCAUAACAAUGAUGAAAGUGGUGUUAAAGUUGGAGAUACAUGACGACAAAAUCAAGCAAAAAGCUAUGAAAGCUGUCUCUGGCCUUUCAGGGGUUGAGUCAGUUUCAGUGGACAUGAAAGACAUGAAAUUAACUGCAAUAGGAGAUAUUGAUGCAGUCAAAGUAGUGGCUAAGCUAAGAAAGUUUUGUCAUGCAGAAAUAAUCUCUGUUGGACCAGCUAAAGAGGAAAAGAAAGAAGAACCUAAAAAGAAGGAAGAUGAUAAGAAGGAUUCAACAAAAACAAAUGUUAUUGAUCCAUUGAUGUUCUAUGGAACACAUGCUUAUUAUAAUCAUCAGAUGAGACCACAAUACAAUCCUUAUUACGGUGCUGUUAGUGUUGAAGAGGAUCCUAAUAAUUGUGUUAUCAUCUAAUUUUUUAUUAUAUUUUAAUAAAAAGUAUUACCUUAAAAAUCAUUGUAAUUGUCAUUCACUUCCUUUGGAUUUUUGUUCAAUAUGAUUUGUAAAAGUAGGAUGAUGUAUAUAGUGUUGAUUAUAAUAUGAAGCUUGCAAGGCUAUUCUUUUA